AUGCUUCUAUACAGCCGCAAAAAGGUACGUUACCGGCGCGACGGUUACUGUUGGAAGAAGCGGAAGGAUGGAAAGACCACAAGAGAAGACCAUAUGAAACUAAAAGUACAGGGGACUGAGUGUAUCUACGGGUGCUACGUACAUUCCGCCAUCUUGCCAACCUUCCAUCGAAGAUGUUACUGGCUGCUACAAUUAGCUAAGGGAAUGAACCCCGACAUAGUACUAGUCCACUACUUGAACGUGCCAUAUCCGGACGACAACAAGUUAGCGACCGUGGCUCCGAGUCUCGCAUUGUGGGCUGACAAAAAAGAGUGGACGAAGGAUGAACUCGUCAGUCAACUGAAGCCAAUGUUUUUCAGUGAAGAUGAGCCAGAUCUUAACAGCGACUUGGAGAUAUCGGGAAAAAUGUUCCAGACGGCCGAGACGGUUGAGGCGAUUGUGGGACAGCUUAUGGAGAAACAACGUGCAGCACGAGCGGCUGCCUUAGCUCGGCAACUCGAGUGUGGCUGUCCUGAUUCCACUUGCCAGGACUCUAGAACUUGUGCGCAUCCAUUACGCCGUAUUCAAACAGCUAAGCCACCACCAUCGGAUCACCACGUAUCGUCCACAACUGGCCCAUCACCGAGACCAAUGGCUCAACCACCCAGACAGUACACUCGUGACCAUAGACCUUCAACACAAUCUUCACCGCUAUUGCUGUCUCUUGGCCAGAUACAAGGAGGCGGAGGUCUACUCAUAUUAAACGGUACAAGCAACAGCGCGCAACAACAUUCUUCCCUAGUUUCGCCACUAUCUGUUACUUCAUUCGUAUGUGAAGAGCCAAGGGAUAGAUAUCGUCAACAAUACAAGCCAACGUUUGUUUUGAAGAGAGAAAUACCCGAUAGUCAGCAAAAUACAUGCUUGAAUACAGAGGCAACUUUCGAAGUCGAAAGCCGUGUUGAAGAAAAGGUAGAAGUAGAAGCUUUUGAUAGGAAAAUAAAAAUGGAGCCAAGGAGUCGAAAUCAUGUUAUAGCGAGUGCGCCGGCAACACCGUCUCGGUACCCUGAUUUGGUAGAGCGCUUAGAAAGUAAAGUGCAUACAGAAAACUGUGAUGAUACGUUAGUUUUGUUAGGUACGGAUGCCCAUUUAGAAAGUUCUAGUGGAUUUUUCGAUGAGACAUUGGAAUUGUCUCAUGAAGAUAUACAAAAAACUUUAUCAGCGAAUAUGCCAACUUGCGAAUUAGAUAGAAGUGUUGUGAGAUCAUCAGAGACUGCUAAUGUGAUGGUUUCAGGAAUAGAUACCAUGGAUUUUAUAGAGAGUUGUGAAGCAGUUGCCUCGCCUACUCAUGUAGUUGACGACAAUGUAUUUGUAAAUCUAGAUGCUUUUGAUAUGCUCGGUGAUUUUCCUGAGCUCGAAGUUCUCGAUCCCAGCACUUUAUCAACAAAUCCUGUGACUUUAUGUGGUAACUCACCGCCAGCUGAGGAAAACAGUGACAAAAUGCAAACAGAUAGCCCUGGUGAAGGUGCUCUUAAUAUUACGGAUUAUUCUCCCGAAUGGGCAUACCCUGAAGGUGGCGUUAAAGUACUAGUUGCUGGACCUUGGACUGAUACGUCCGAUCAAUAUACGAUACUUUUUGACAACUUUCCUGUACCUUCAAUAUUGGUGCAGAAUGGUCUACUAAGAUGUUACUGCCCCGCUCAUGAAGCCGGCUUAGCGGCAAUGCAAGUAGCUCGUGCAGGGAGAGUGGUUUCUGAUACAGUAGUGUUUGAAUACAAAGCUGGCCCUGUGUUAGCACCUUCAUCGCCUGCUUCAGCUCCUCUUCCAUCACUGGAUUUUAGACGGUUUUCGCUUUUACAGCGUUUACAACGACUGCACGGUCGACUGCAAUUAAAGACGGAACCUAUGGAUGAUAAUAAUCAGAUAGAGGACGUCCAGCUGUAUUCCAAUCCAAAAUUUGAAGAUCGCCUAGUGACAUUCUGUCAAGUGCUAAGUAGCCGUUCCUUUGGUAAUUCCGAAGGGUUUACCACUGAGCCUGGUGAAGACAGUUCCACUAUACUGCAUUUGGCAGCGGCUUUGGGUUACACGAAACUAACCACCGCUUUGCUUCGUUGGAGGCAAGAUGAUAAUAGCUUAGCAUUGGAGAAAGAAGUGAACUUGGGAGCUAGAGAUUGUGAUAAUUGUACGCCAUUGAUGGUAGCAAGUGCGCUAGGCCACACAGAGACAGCGAUAGUGCUAGCGCGAUGGAGCGCAGGCACGCGGCGCGAGGCGGGGGCGCGCGCGGCGGCGGCGGCGGCGCGACGCGCGGGGCACUCGCGCCUUGCCAGCUUGCUCGACCGUAUCCAUCCUCCCACUGGGGAUGCUGUGUUUAGACGUCCUCACAGUUUAUCUCAAAAAAGUCGUGCAGGCAGUUUGGAAAGCAACCUCGUAAAGAGACCGUCUAUCGACAGCGGUAUCAACAUGGCCGACGCCUUCAGGUCCAGCUCUGCUAUAGAUAAAUGUGAUGGGAGCUCAUCUGCUAGAUGGGAACGAAGCAUGUCGCUUCCGCUAGAUUCUGACAAUUCUGAAGAUAGCCUUGGAGAUAAUAAAAUUGGACGACGCAUGGACCUAGCUCUCUGCGAGACGGCGAGGCGCAGUCCCUCGGGAGACGAGGCGAUGCCGGACCCGCAAACAACAGGGGAGCAGGAUGACCGGGUGUUCACGCUGGCCGAGCAAAUUAUAGCUGCGAUGCCAGAAAGAAUAAAGAACGAAACUUCAUCGUUGCUAAGUGGCUGCGACUUGGACAGCGGUACCGGAGAAGAUGCACUCAUAGUCCCACUACUCGAUGACACCACCACAUUCAGUAGUGAAUUCAGCUUUGAAUUCUGCGAUAAUACUUACAGGUAUUGUGGGGGUUCUACGCCUUGUUCUUCCGGGUCUGUGUCUCCGGGAUCAGCGCUAUCCCCGCCACCGGCUUCUCCGAGGACAUCACUACCAACGUCGUCGGCAACUCUACAGGAGUUUUUGAAUACGACUACGCAUUUCUCUAGUCUUACGCUUAAUGAUCGUGAGCAACGCGAGCUCUACUCCGCGGCGAUAACUAUCCAGAAGGCGUAUCGUCAGUAUCGCGGCCGACAACUGCAGCGUCGCGCCGCCGCCGCCGCCAUUACUAUACAGAACUGCUAUCGUCGUUACAAACAGGUGUGGCUUUUGCUUAUUGUUAUUCAC